AUGGGAUAUUUCAUCCGCAGCUUCCUGACUGAACGUAAAGCUAGAGUCUUCAUCGAUGGCAAGCUAUCAUCCGCCCACACCAUGGCAAACGGUGUGCCUCAAGGCUCUGUAUUGGCCUCAACGCAAUUUCUUAUUGGGAUGCAAUUACUCUUUGACGUAGUUCCAGAGGACGUCAAUGUUCUCGCCUAUGCUGACGACAUAACCCUGAUAUCCACGUCUUCUUACUCAGUACUACCCAGAAAGCAACUACAAAUAGCCGUGGAUAGGGUAGACAACUGGACAUCUUCCAUGGGCUUCACCUCCGCUCCAGAAAAGUCAAAACUCAUGCAUCUUAGUAGCAGGAAGAAGAAGCUGAACAAACUUCCCCCACUUAUAAUGGGCAAUAAAGUUAUCCCCAUUGUUCACGCAUCCCGCAUUCUAGGAGUCUUGGUGGAUGAUAAACUCAAAUUCAUCAACCAUGCAAACCAAGUUCGGAAAUCAGCUUCACCCAAACUCAACAUCCUUAAAAAAUUAUGUAGCACCCUGGGUGCCGGCACCCGCUCUUCACUGUUCCGAUUCCUUCAUGGAUGGCUGCAAGCUUCACGGAAUAGGCCUAGCAUGCUUCACGGACUGGGCCUAUUUAGUCGCGGUGGCGACCGCAUUAACGAAAAACUGGAGCCAAUAUACAACCAAGCAGUUUGCAUCAUCGGUGGCGCCUUCCGGAGCAGCCCAAUCAUUUCUAUCAUGGCAGAAAGUGGACAGAUCCCUCUUGACUACGUCAUCGCAAAGAACCUUUCCAGCAAAACGAUCCGCUGGAUAUUCUACAACCGAAACUCCGAAGUACCUUUGGUCCAGCCCCUGAACCUAGACUUCGCCAAUUCAAUGACCCUGUCUCAAAAGUCGAUGUCAGCUUGCUUUUCGCGGUACAAGCCGGAGAAAGCUCUACCGUUACCCUGCCCAACUUUCAUCAGCUCGUUAACCGAAAGUACAAGAAAAUACCCAAGUUCUUCACUGAUGGUUCCAAGUUCACUGACGGCCAUGUUGGAUGUGGCAUAUUCAGCACUACCGGCAGUGUGGUCCUUGCUCUACUACCCAAUCAUCUUCUACGACUCUGCAAGCGAGCUGAGAGCUGUCCAGGCAGCCAACAACAAACACCCAUGGAUCACUGCCCUUUCCAACAUAGCAGCUGCGAAGAAAAUAACUCUGUGCUGGAUUCCUGGUCACUCCAAGAUUCCCGGCAACGAAGCAGCAGAUCGACUAGCCUUCAACGAUGCCUCCCACUGGCUUAAAAACCACCUGCUCCUCUCUUGGGCAAACACCUGGAACAACAUCACCGAAAACAAGCUGAGGGAGGUCAAAAACUGCACCUAUGCAUGGAACGACCGGAAUUCCUUCUUUGAGCGGAGAGCUCUAACCCGAAUACGCAUAGGACACCCAAGAUUAACCCAUGACUAUCGUAUGGGUAAAGAGGACCCUCCCAUCUGCCCUGCUUGCAGCGUAACCAUCACCAUCAAACAAAUCCUUACGCGAUGUCCUAUACAGCAGCAAGCCCGCCUGGACUGUAAUCUAGCCGACAACCUUCGACAGAUCCUGUCGAAUGACCCUGAAGUAGAGGAAAAGGUCCUCUCAUUCCUUCGGAGCAGCAGCAUCUACGAAGAAAUAUAA